AUGUUUUCUCCCCCUGAUCUGGGAGUACUCGCAGCAGCGUUUCAUCCUAAUGGACUGAGCAACACCACCAAUAGCACGGGCGCCAACGGCCGAUUUCCUCAGACUACCAACUCUGACGAGGCCGGUGGGAAUAACUUUAACACCGGAUUUUGCAGUCGACAAUCGGCGUUUUCGUCUCCCGAAAAGGGUGUCCUAUCUCCACGACAAAACUCCUACGUUGGUGUGACAGGUAAGCUUAAUUUUACUGUUUCCCUCCUAUCCGAAAUCGUUCAUGCGAUUGGUGUGUAA